GAUCGGGCCAUGGCAGCCACCGUCUCAGGUGACAAGCCCUGCCCUGCAAACUUCACAGCAGCCGCCGACCACCAGCUUAGUAGCUUCCAGGAGACCUUCCUCUGGCCUGUUCUGGUGGCUGAGUUCAUAGUGGCCAUGGCUGGCAAUGGUCUGGCCCUGUACCGCUUUGGCAUCAGGGAGCAGCGGCCCUGGAACCCAGCUGUGGUCCUCUCUGCCCAGCUGGCAGUCAGCAACCUGCUCUACGCCCUGACUCUGCCCCCACUGGCCGCCUACUUCUACCCGCCCAAGAACUGGCGCUAUGGGGACGUGGCCUGCCGCUUGGAGCGCUUCCUCUUCACCUGCAACCUGCUGGGGGGCACCAUCUUCAUCACUUGUAUCAGUCUCAACCGAUACCUGGGUGUCGUCCACCCCUUCUUCACCCGCAGCCACUUGCGGCCCAAGCAUGCCUGGGCCAUCAGUGCCACUGGCUGGGCCCUGGCAGCCCUGCUGGCUGCCCCCAUGCUCAGCUUCUCCCGCCUGAAAGGGCCUCAGCAGGAAGCAGGUCCGUGCAGUGUAGCCAGGCCUGAGGCCUGCAUCAAGUGCCUGGGGACAGCAGAUGACAACCAGCUUGCGGCCUACAAAGCCUACAGCCUACUAUUAGCAGGACUGGGUGGUGGCGUGCCACUACUGCUCACCCUGGUGGCCUAUAGUGCCCUGGGGAGGGCUGUUCUUCGCAGUCACAGCAUGACAGCAGGUGAGAAGUUGCGUGUGGCAGUGCUGGUGGCCAGUGGCGUGGCCCUCUACGCCAGUUCCUACAUGCCCUAUCACAUCAUGCAGGUGCUCAACGUGGACGCCCGGCAGCGCUGGUGUACCCGCUGCCCAGACUUUGCAAAUGAGAUCCAGGCCAUGGGGGCGCUGGAGCUGGGGCCCUACCUGGGCUUCCAGGUGACGCGGGGCCUUGUGCCCCUGGCCAUCUGCAUACAUCCCCUGCUCUAUAUGGCCGUGGUGCCCAGCCUGAGCUGCCGCUGUCAAUGCUGCCCCCAGUGUGUUGGAGGCCACCUGGAAGACAAGAGGCCUGGCCAAGACCUGGCUCUUGAUAAUGACAAUCCCCAAACCUCAGAACCCCAGACCUCUGAGCUGAGCUUGUGACCUGCCUACUACAGCCUGCUCCCGACCACAAGGACUGCAACAUGACACAGUGAGAACGCAGAGCACAGCAGGCACCAGCCCUGAGGGACCAAGAGGCCUCCCAGCCACUUCCUCCCCAAAGAAAGGCCUGUGCCAGUGACGGGGUGGGCUUGGCAAAAGCCCAGGCUGGAACAGAAAGGCUUUCUGAGCCACAGCACCACCCCAGGAGGCGCGCAGGCUUAGGAGGAAAACCCAGCGUGAAGGGCCAGCCAAGCCACCACGGAGAGGGGCGUGAGAAUGAAGAGGACACGUGUGGAUGCUUUGAGCCUUUUUACUGCCCUUGGAGUCCCCUGCUCUUGGAGGCUCCUUUCCGUCACAGAGGUCUAGGCUGGACAGCAGUGGCAGUGGUGACAGCUGGCUCAGUUGGUUGAUGGCCUAGAGAGGAAGGAAGUGGUGAGGACAGCCAAGUGCAGGACCUGAAUGGCAUCCCGAGACCCCCACCCCCACCACACACACACAGUGGGGCUCUGUGGCAGCAGGGAGGCUGGGCAUGUGGUGGCAGGGCACACGUGGUGUCAGACUGCCCUGCCUGCUACAGACGGUUGGUGGUGGGUCUGAGCAAGGCAACUGUCAUCAAUGCCUGACUGGCCCCGUCAGGAUUUUUAGAAAAAGGACAAUAAAAGACAGUUU